AUGCCCGCCGCCAUGGCGCAGCAAGGGCCGUCACACGUCGCGGACUCGCUGGAGCCCGCUCUGCGUACUCUCCUCGCCGGCCUCAGGAGCUCGUGCUGUUGCCGGUGUAACUGCGCAAUGAGCAACAAUGUUAACAACAAUUUGCAGGUCUGUCUCUCCAACGAGGAGGAGAGGAAGUCCAUGCGGUCCGUCAUAAGUUGUACGUCAUUUGACAGCGUACGUGAGACGCACGCGGUCGCGGAGGCGCAACAGGAGAAGAACGCGCGUCUUCGUGAUGCGUUCGGUAUAUCUCCGCGGUUCGUGGAGGGCACCAGCCUGGACCCGGAGCGGCGCGCGCGGGAGGAGGCUCGCCGCUACCCGCUUGUGAGGACACCCAGCCAUGAGCGAGAGGACCGCGAUAUACAUGUCACUAAGAAGAAAAAGAAAAGGAGUGCAUCACCAGAGUCUAAGAAGUCAAAGAAGAAAAAAUCAAAGAAAAACAAGAAAGACAAACAAGAAAACAGCAAGAAAAAGAAGAAGCGCUCCAAGUCACCGUACACGGAAAGUUCUAGCAGCUCUGAUGCACACGACAGCGACUCCGCCAGCUCUGAUGAUGAAAAGCAGAAACGGAAGAAAAAGAAAAAGUCGAGUGCCAGACACCGUGCAAGCAGUGAGGCAUCUAGCCGCGAGAGUUCUCCAAUAAAAACGACGAAAGAUAAAAGACCUGAACGCGGAUUCGAACCUGUACCGGAUGUACGAAGCAAGAGAAAAGAGAAUGAACGCGAUGAUGUGCGGCAACGUAAUAGAAGCGUUAGUGAGCGACGUGACGACCACAACUCUAGAUCUGACCGAAAACGACGUGAAGAUCGCAGUUUAUCAAAAGAUGACAGAAGAGAAUCACCAGAGUACAGACAAAGAUCCUAUGUCACCAAAAUUGUUAACAAAACCCGUGAACCUAUAGAAGACAAUAAUGAAAAGUCGAAGUCUGGCAAACGUCAACGGGGACGAUCUGUAUCUGCUUCUGAAGAAGAACCACCACCAAGAAAUAAAGAACACAAGGCAGACAAAAGACGAGAUGAUCGUGAAACGACUGGCUCUGCUCCCCCUGUGAAGAGGAAAAGGAGUGUUUCUAUCGAACGUUGUAGAAAUGAUUCUUAUAAUGAUGGAGACAGAGAUAUGGAUAGGAAUAGAAGAGAAGGUUCUUAUCGUGAAGACCGAAGAACUCGCCGCAGAAGCCGCUCGUACGAAUAUAGAAACGAUAGAGGACGAGAUAACAAUUUUAGAAAAGAGAAAGAUGAAAGGCAUGACAAUAAAAAAUACAACGAUCGACAAAGACCCGAUCGUAGAGACAGUUAUGACGAUGAACCGAGAAAUAAAAUAAGUAGAUCCAGCGCAAGAGGACAUCGAGAUUCAUCUAUUGAAUAUCAAUCCAAAGAUAAUAGAAACAAGUCAACAUACAAAGAACCGGAACGAUAUUACAAAAUGACAAAUCCUGACCGAUCAGUCUCACCAGGGUCUGAAGCAGAAGCGCCUCGCAAUGAAAGACGUGAGAAAGAAACAAAAAGCAAGAGCCGAUAUAAUAAAGACAGAAGUGUGUCUCCACCGACAAAAGAACGUAAUAGAAAGAGUCCAUCUCCAGCUCGUAAACGGCGUGAAUCACCUUUGGCUAAGAGACGAAGUUCUCCGUCGCCCUCGCGCCGUGCCUCGCCACCUAAACAUCGAGAAGCUUACUCAAAGAAACGUGAAUCUUCGCCACCAACGAGACGAGACUCACCAGCGCCCAGGCGACGAAGUUCUACGCCACCUAAGAAACGAGAGCUGUCACCAAGAAAACGUAACAUUUCUCCUCCCAAACGUGAUAAAUCACCGCCAAGAAAACGUGAUUUGUCACCAUCAAGAAACCGUGACUUAAUGCCAAAAAGACGAGAUUUGUCUCCGAGAAGGGCUGACUCUUCAUCUCCUAAAAGGCGGGGAUCCUCGGCCUCAAGAAAACGCGAUUCAUCGGUCUCGAGAAGACAUGAUUCACCAAAGUCGACAAAAUAUCAAAGGCUCUCUCCUAAAAGAUCGCCAUUUAGAAGGCAGGAGUCAUCACCGCUCAGAAAAAAAGAAGACAAAACAAAAAUAUCGGUCAAGGAUGUCGAAAAACGUGAACAUAGAGCUGCUAGAAAAUCUGCCACACCUGAUAACAAAGCUAACCAUAGACGAACCCGCUCAAGAUCAUCUUCCAUACCCAAAAAAAGAAGCAGAAAGGACAAAAGUGAAAGUCCAAGUCGCAAAUCAAAGAAACGACAAGGUAGACGUUCUUCUUCUCCUAAAGAUAAAAACGAUAAAGAAAAAAACAGUAAUCGUAGAGAACAUCGCAGUUAUAAAUCGAGAUCUCAUUCAAAGCAAAGGAGCAGAAGCACAUCGAGCCUCAGCUACUCUCCGGCGAGACGUAGCCCCGAACGUUAUAAGGACAUUAUUGAGAAAUUACCAGAAAAAGACAAGCGUAAAUACAUCAAAUCACCAUCUGAUCUACAUCCUAGAAAGAAAGACGCCGGUAAUUACAAGCCGAAGACUCUGUGCAUCGGAAGUUCGUCCAGUGAGAACGAUGAUUCCGAAGAUGAUUUCUUGUCGUUGGACACGAGGGAUAGACAGGAGGAAUUAGAUAUCAAAGAAAUAACUUGGCUGAAAGAGAAACUAGCUCGCAUGGCUAAAGCUACUUUGGGGAAAGCCACAGAGGAAGCAAAUGCUUCCACAUCUCAACCUAAUUCCAGCUCAGUAGUAGAAGAAACUACUAGUGUCAGCCCGAAAGUGGAUAAAAUAAGCAAAUCGCCACCACAAGAAAGCAAAGCUACAGAUAAGCCCGUCCCACCAAAAGAGAAGAGUCCCGUUAAUGUUGAAAGUUCGCCAGAAGUCAAACGUGUGAGAAGUAAAUCUCGCAGUUGGUCGCGCUCCUCCUCCCGUCGGUCGCGGUCUCGAUCGAAAACUGCGUCGCGAGUGAAAUCUCGAUCCAGGGAAAAGUCUCGCUCCUACUCCUCGUCAAGGUCGAGGUCCAGCCGGUCCAGCUCAUACAGCAGCAGAAGUACUUCAAGAUCCACCCGCAGCUCUUCCAGGUCUACUCGCUCCUCUAGAAAAAAGUCACGAAAAUAUAGCACGAGUUCUGAAGACACGAGCAGUAGCUCCGAUUACGCACCCAUAAUAGAUCUUACAUACGAACCGAACAGAUACAAAUAUCGAAGAAGAAGAUUGCUAGUUUGGCAUUAUCACUACAAGUUAAGGAGCGCAAGGAAACGUCCGAUACCGUACAGAAGACCAACACCGUCCUCGCCGAGCACACAGAGCGACUACAGCAGCAGAUCCUCGCAGAGGAGCUGGACUCGCUCCCCGAGACCUGAACACGAUUGAGACAGCUAACCAUCGACAAUGACAAAACUGGUUUGGGGCCAACCAUAAAUUACGUUGCUAUUUUUAUGUUGACAACCCU